AACCGCAUUUCGGUUUAUGUAUCGGGUUUCUAUGGAGUUUUUUGUGUGUUUGUGCUGACAUGCUACUCUUCGUUCAUGCGUUUUAACACCAUCAUUCAGCUAAUAAUCCGAAAGCUACGUUCCAACGUUGCUGGUCAACCUAGUUAGGUUACCUGAUCUGACAGGUGUGUGGCCGCCGCCGCCCUCUGACGACUCACAGAACCCAUGCUGACUGUCUCCAGUUCAGUGACUCCGCUGUUUCCUUUGAACAAUGUCUACGAAGAUCUGAGCCUGACAUUAUAAAAAAAGUGCUUUGCGCACACCAAAUUACACCUGUUUCGUGUUACCAGAUUUGUUCGAGUAGGCUUUGUCAUGAGGGACCGUUUAGCUGAGCUAAAUUUGAACAACAAUUUACCAAAUGAUGUCAUUAUCACAGAGGAGAACACAACAUAUAUGGAUGAGUUUUUCAAAAGGGUGAGAGAGGUCCAGAUGCUUAUUGAUAAAAUCUCCUGUCUGGUUGAAGAAUUGAAGAGAGUGCAUAACACUAUCCUGUCUGCUGCCAACCCAGAACAAAGAGUUAAGCAGGAGUUGGAAGAGUUUAACAAUGACAUCAGGAGGCACGCCAGCUCGGUUCAGAUUCAGCUCAAAAACAUUCAGACGUACAUGCCCGAGGAUGAGAACGCCAAUACUGCCUCGGUGUGUCACCGCAUUCAGAAGACCCAGCACUCAAUGCUAUCACGCAGGUUUGUCGAGGUCAUGACUGAAUACAACGAAGCCCAGAUGUCUUUCAGGGAUAAGAGCAAAGGCCGCAUCCAGAGACAGCUGGAGAUCACUGGACGGUUGACCACAGAUGAAGACCUGGAGGCUAUGUUGCAGAGUGGAAACCCUGCCGUUUUCACAUCUGAUCUCCUCCUAGACGAACAGCUCACACGAAAUGCCAUGAAUGAGAUUGAGUCACGGCAUCAGGACAUCCUCAGGCUGGAAGCUAGCAUCAAAGAACUGCAUGAGAUGUUUAUAGAUAUUGCUGUACUUGUGGAGAACCAGGGGGAGAUGAUCAACAACAUAGAGACGAAUGUGAACAGUGCAGCUGAGUAUGUGAAUACUGGGAAGAUCGAGACCAAGAAAGCAGUGCGGUACCAGAAACAGGCUCGCAGGAAAUAUAUCAUAAUUGGCAUAGUUGUGCUGGUCCUGCUUGGCCUUAUCGCGCUUAUCGUUGGUCUUUCUGUGGGACUGCCUAAAUCCUAAUUUCAACUCAUUGACUUUCCAUUUACUUCUGAAGACAUCACCAAAGUCCAUCAGAGAAGACAUUGGAGGCCCUCAGGUGUCAAGCCCUUAACUUAUAGUAGUGUGUAGUUUGCAGAUUUGACUUUCCCUAUUCAUGUAGGCACAUUAGUAAGAUUUCAAAAUAGCAAGAAGGGCAUUAUCAGUGACAAUAGUUAUUAACCCUCUAAAACGUUCUGCAACUGAUCAAAUUGUCCUGGAACAUUCUGUUGGUCCUGCCUAGUGCUUAUGAGUUAACCCUGGAUUCAGUCUUCAUUAACUUUAUUCACAAAUUAAUCAGCUAUAAUAUGACUACCUCAAUAUGCCAACAAUGUGCCUUUUAAAUUUCUCUGUACAUUUUGUAAAGCCAAAAGACCAUGCACCUUAUUUGCAUAAUAUGCAUUAGUUGAAAUAGUUGAUGAUGACCUAGAUAUUGCAAUCUAGAUCUAUAUAAAUUGCUUUAGACUAUCAGGAUUGUCUUGUUUAAGCUGUCUGUGUUGUCCUGUUUACAUUUCUUUGUUAAAUGUAUGUGUUGUCGUCAUUUGCUCUCAGUGGUAGCAGUAAUGUCUGUGGGUGUUGUUUCCUAUAUUCUUAUCACAUUCAGUUGUGCCAAAAAAACCUGAUAAUCAGCAGCAACUGUUCCAUUUGUAGAUCUGCCUACUUGGUAGUUAAAUGCAACACUGUGAUUCCAUCCACGUUAGCCCUUUAGUGAUCUCAAUGUAUUACCAUAGGAAUGGUAAAAGACUUCUCAUGGGUAUGUUGGUGAUCUUUGGAAUGUCUUUUUUUCCUGACGUAUAACAAGCUUAUAUAGUGUUUGUGAAUAUUUAUUACAUGAAAAAAUAAAACUACUGUAUCAAUGUCCUCUUCUCAAUACAGUUCAGCACACUACAUGUUUUAUGUAAUCAGUCCUUGCACAGUUGCUAUGGCUACUAUGGUGUACUUCAGCUUCUACAAAUGAACAUGAUGAGUUUUAAAAUGCAUUGCUAGAA